GUUCUCUCUCGCCCCCUCGCUCUUUGAAGGGGGGGAGUCAGAGAGAGACAGAGAGCCAGAGGGGGCGUAACUUCAUACAUCAACAAUGGUGGAUAGCGAUGAUAGUUUUGAGUGGGAAAGUGAUGGUGACGCUGAACCCUCAUCAGCCCCGGCCUUGAGGAACAUGGAUGCUGCUGGUCCAUCAACAUUGGUACACCAGGAUCCUAAUGGGCGGGCUAAUGGGGAAGCACCACCUAAUUCUUUAGUCGAGGGAUAUGUGGGAAUGGGUUUCACAAGAGAGAUGGUCGUGAAGGGCAUUAAACAGAUUGGGUACAGUGAUUCAAAUGCAUUGCUUGAGCUACUUCUCACAUAUAAGGCACUUGGAGAUGAGGCUGCGGGUAAUUGCUCUACUUCUGGUCUCAUCUCCCAGAGUGUUGAAGAUGAUGAUGAUUUUGAUUUUGAAAACUGGGAUGGAGAUGACGAUGCUGAUGGGAGAGAACCCAACUCUGAUGAUUCUGGUCAUGAGGAUUUUCCACAAGAGAUGUCAGAGAAGGACAACAAGAUCAAGUCCUUAGUAAACAUGGGUUUUGCUGAAGAUGAAGCAAAUAGGGCUAUUACCAGAUGUGGUGUGGAUGCCUCUGUGUGUGUAUUAGUCGAUUCGAUCUAUGCAUCCCAAGCUGCAGGAAAUUGUAGUUAUAUGAAUCAAUCUGAAUAUGAGGUUACUGAUAGGGGCUUUGAUUCCUUUGGAGUGAGAAAGAAAGCAAGAUUGAUGGAGGAGAGCAAGAAAAAAAUGAAACAUUAUGGAAGUGGAGCACAAGGAAGUCGCUCCUCCUUGGAUGGUAACCAUGGUGAACUAAUGUGGCUCCCACAUCCGAUGGUUGGAUUCAACCUACCUACUGAUAGGCUACGGUCAGUGACAAGAAGUCUUCCUAAACAAGCUAGUGGCCCACCUUACUUCUACUAUGAAAAUAUGGCUAGAGCUCCAAAAAAUGUAUGGAAGGAAAUUUCCAGAUCCCUGUAUGACAUAGAACCUGAAUUUGUGGAUUCUAGAUUCUUCUGUGCUGCUGCUCGGGAAAGUGGCUAUGUCCAUAAUUUGCCGAUUGAGAAAAGGUCACCUCUCCGUCCUCUCCCUCCAAAGACCAUAUUUGAGGCCUUUCCUCAUUAUAAGAAGUGGUGGCCUACCUGGGACCACAGAGAGCAGCUCAAUUGCUUUGAGACCCGUGUGGCAAGUCCAAAACAGAUAAAAAAGAUCGAAUGUGCUCUUGUAAGGUCAAGUAAUCCACCACCUCUAACAGUUCAGAAGUAUGUAAUGGACCAGUGCAGAGAAUGGAACCUUGUUUGGGUUGGAAAGAACAAGGUUGCCCCUCUAGAGCAAGAUGAGAUGGAAUAUUUACACGGUUUUCCAAGAAACCAUACGAGAGGAGUGGCCAGUAGAAAGAGGUACAAGUGUCUUGGUGAUUCUUUCCAAGUUGAUACUGUCGGCUACCACUUGUCGGUGUUGAAGGACAUGUAUCCGAAUGGUGUUAAUGUGCUAUCCUUAUUCACCGGUAUUGGAGGAGGAGAGGUAGCUUUGCACAGGCUUGGAAUCCACAUGAAAACAGUGAUAUCUGUUGAGAUAAGUGAAGAUAACAGGAGGAUUCUGAGGGGUUGGUGGGAUCAGACACAAACUGGCACGCUAAUUGAGAUUGCGGAUGUGAAGUCUCUCACUAAUGAUAGAAUUGCAUCAUUUAUUGGUAGAUUUGGUCGAUUUGACUUGGUGAUAGGGGGCCUGGAGGGUGAGCAACCUGCUUUAUUCUACCACUAUUGUAGAAUCUUGAAAGCCGUCAAGUCAGCUACAACAAGGAUGUAGCUGAAGCUAUUCCCGUAUCAGUCGAAAGGAUCUUGUUUCCUGGCCGUCAUUAUACUUGGUUGCUAUUGCUGAGCGGAUGGCUACUGUGAAACACAAGAUACUGGUUUUGUCAGGAAAGGGAGGCGUUGGAAAGAGCACGCUUUCCAGCCCAGCUGUCAUUUGCCCCA